AUGAAUGUCAGUAAAAAAAGAAAAAUAGAUUCUGAAUGUCGUGUAUUUCAACAUAAAUGGAUCAAUCAAUACUUUGUUAUUGAAAAUAAAGGAAAAGUCAUGUGCCUUGUUUGUCGUGAAUUAAUUUCUGUAUUGAAAGAAUACAAUAUUAAAUGGCAUUAUGAAUCCAAGCAUAAAGUUAAAUAUGACUCCUUAUACGGACAGUUAAGAGAAAUUGAAGUUAAUAAACUACAAUAA